CCUGAACUCUGGGAUCCUGCAGGAGGAAGUUGGGCGGGGGCCGCAGAGGCCAGGCUGACUGGUAGGACUGGCCCUCCAGAAGCACUGGCUUUUCUUAGUAGCGGCGACGGAGGCCUGGGAUGGGGAUCUCGGCGGCUGUCGAGGAGGCCCAGUGUGGGCUGAAGCCCUUACAAUGGAGUCCAUGUUUGAAGAUGACAUCAGCAUCCUGACCCAAGAAGCUUUGGGGCCCAGUGAGGUGUGGCUGGAUGGUCCUGGAGACUCCUCCCUCGGAGGCGACAUGUGUUCUGCCUCCCACUUCGCUCUCAUCACAGCCUAUGGAGAUAUCAAAGAGCGCCUAGGGGGCCUGGAGAGAGAGAACGCCACCCUCCGCCGGCGCCUCAAAGUCUAUGAGAUCAAGUACCCACUGAUCACUGAUUUUGGAGAGGAGCACGGCUUCCCCCUGUAUGAAAUCAAGGAUGGCUCCCUACUGGAGGUAGAGAAGGUCAGUCUGCAGCAGCGGCUCAACCAGUUCCAACAUGAGUUGCAGAAGAAUAAGGAGCAGGAAGAACAGCUCGGGGAGAUGAUCCAGGCUUACGAGAAACUCUGUGUGGAGAAAAACGACUUGGAGACAGAGCUGGGGGAGAUGCGGGCCCUGGUAGAGACUCACUUGCAGCAGAUCUGUGCCUUGGAGCAACAGCUGCAGCAGCAGCAAGGCCUCCGGGAUGCAGCCUUCCCCAGCCUGAGCCCCCCACCUGCUCCUGCCACACCCUGUCCUGACCUGGACCUGCACUAUCUGGCUUUGAGAGGGGGACCUGCCUUGGGUCAUGGCUGGCCUGGCCCUGCUAGCGUAAGUGUGAGCGAGCUGGAGCGAAGACAGCUGGAAGAGGCCCUGGAGGCUGCGCAGGGGGAGGCUCGGGGGGCUCAGCUGCGGGAAGAGCAACUGCAGGCAGAAUGCGAGAGGCUACAAGGAGAGCUGAAGCAGCUGCAGGAGAGCCGGGCCCAGGAUCUGGCCUCCAACCAGUCGGAAUGUGACAUGGCUUGGGUAAAGAGAGUUGGGGAUGAUCAGGUGAACUUGGCGCUGGCCUACACAGAACUCACGGAGGAGCUGGGUCGGCUUCGGGAGUUGAGUUCCCUGCAGGGGAGGAUCUUGAGAACUUUGCUGCAGGAGCAGGCCCGGAAUGCAGGCCAAAGGCACUCGCCACUAUCGCAGCGCCACUCCCCGGCCCCCGCGUGCCCCUCGCCCUCCCCACCUGCCCGACCGCAGCCCUGUGCCCCGUGCCAGUCCCCGGCUGCACAGCGCCGCUCGCCCGUGCCCCCAUGCCCUUCGCCCCAGCAGCGCCGCUCGCCCGCCUCGCCCUCCUGCUCGUCGCCCGUCCCACAGCGCCGCUCGCCGGUGCCGCCACCGUGCCAGUCACCCAGCCCGCAGCGCCGCUCGCCGGUGCCACCCAGCUGUCCGGCCCCGCAGCCCCGGCCUCCACCGCCGCCCGGGGAGAGGACGCUGGCCGAGCGCGCCUACGCCAAGCCGCCUAGCCACCACGCCAAGGCUGGCUUCCAGGGCCGCCGCAGCUACUCGGAGCUGGCAGAGGGCGCAGCCUAUGCCAGUGCCUCCCCCGCCUGGCUGCAGGCCGAGGCUGCCACGCUCCCCAAGCCCCGCGCCUACGGCGGCGAGCUCUAUGGCCCCGGCAGGCCGCUCAGCCCUCGCCGCGCCUUUGAGGGCAUCCGCCUGCGCUUUGAGAAGCAGCCAUCAGAGGAAGAGGAGUGGGCCAUGCCGGCCAGCCCACCCAGCCCCGAAGCGGGCACCAUCCGCUGCGCCUCAUUCUGUGCGGGUUUCCCCAUCCCAGAGUCACCUGCAGCCACAGCCUAUGCCCACGCUGAGCACGCACAGUCCUGGCCAUCCAUCAAUCUACUGAUGGAGACGGUGGGCUCUGACAUCCGCAGCUGCCCCCUCUGCCAGCUGGGUUUCCCUGUCGGGUACCCGGAUGACGCCCUCAUCAAACACAUUGACUCCCAUCUGGAGAACAGCAAGAUCUAGGGCGCCUCUACCCCGGCUGGCUGUUUCUCUGCUCUCUUAUCUCCCCCCAAACACUCACUUUGAAUGCUGCAUGAAUCUCGUGGGGGGCCCCUGCCCCUUGCGGUCCCCAGAUACCUCCACUAGCUACCGAGUCAAUGUGUGUGCCGUCUUCCCUGGUCCAGGCACCACUCAGCUCUGGCUCUUUCCAGGAGGUUGACCAAGGCUCUCUCCACCUUCCUGGUUUCCUCUGGGGAGUGGGGGUCUAGUCUGGAAUGGGGAGGACAUACCUUCCACCUCUCUCUCUCUCUGCUUUUCUGGUUUUCAACAAGGUUGAAGCCAAGCAGAAGUCUAGUGCUUGGGGGGGGGGGGGAGAGCGGAGGAAGGGUCAAGAGCUCUUGGAGCCCCUUCCCAAAUGUCCAUCAUCCCUGGGCAGUGUUCUCCCGGGGAGGACCUCUUGAGAGGGUCUCAGAGCCUGCCCUGCACACCGAUGCCAGCCCUCUGUCUCAUGCCCGACCAGCCUUGGACUCGUAGUAUUGGGGAAGGAGGCAUCUUGUUUCUCAUUACUCUCUGCAGGCUAGCUCUGUUCUCCCCCUCUGCCCACCCUAGGGAACAGGGAACGCGGCAGAGGUGUGGGAGGACCCUGCAGGCCUUGGAUGAUCUAGCCCAAAGGGGCUGCCUUGAGGCUGGGACUCCUGGGCCAUUACCCGCUCAAUCCAGGGGACGGCCGGUCUGCCAGCCUCACAGGCCUGGGCCCUUCCAGAGUCCCUGGCACUAAGGAGAAGAUCAUCAAGGCAGAUGCCUCCAUGCUCCCCCACUGCAGCUCCUGACACCAUGAUGCCCUGGAGCCCAGGUGUUGCUGGGUGGGUGUCAUCAGCUCCUCCCUCCCAGGCCAGAACCCGAGAAUGGGCCCAGGGUGCUGUGGAGAUCAACUUCAAAAGAGCUAAUCCCCUUUCCACACCCACCCACCCACCCCUAAAUUCCCUCUGUGAAAUCUACCUCAGAGCCGUCCCCUCAGAAAGACAGGGGAGCGGGAGGCUGGGGCCCCAGGCUGAGGUGGGAGCCUCCUGAGGGAGCCAGCUGCCCACUAUGAAUCCACCCCUCACUUUGAGCCUCCCUGGGGCCUUGGCCAGCUGGUGGCAGUGAAAACCACUGUCCAUCACUUGUGCCAUUCUGAUCCAAAUCUUCCGGGCCCUCUCCCCACACCCCUCCUUCCUCUGUGCAGGGGCGAGGGGUAUGUCAGCAGGGAAGGGGCCAAGGACUCCAGAGAUGCAUCAUUGUACCCUGAGUGUUCCCCAGGGAGGGGACAUGGGGAAGGGGGCCUGUAGUGGGGAGAGAGGGCCCUGUGCUCUCUGAACAAGUUGAAAGUCCAAAUAAAACUUACC